UUGUUUAAAGUGAAAUCUACGAGUCAAUUUAACGGAUCUUGGGUGGCGAAUAAGACAUAUGACUUGCAAGGAGACAGCAAAAGAGGGGUCAGCAGAGCGCGAGAGAGAGAGAAGAAAAGAAGGGAAAGGAAGGGGCGGCAUGGUCACUUUCUUGCUCUCCAAUUCAAAGUUAUAGUGGGUCAAUUGAGGAGGAUUCCAUGGAAGAUAUGGAGGAGAUCUGGUCGGAUCAUGCUUUCCAUGAGGUGGGAUUUGGGGAGGAUGGGACCCGUCAUGCAGAAAACAUCCAUAUAACCAUCCCCACUCUCCCUCCUCGUAUUCUAUUACUCCCUCUUUUUCCUCGAUCAUCAUCAUCAUCAUCUUCUUCUUCUUCUUCUUCUUCUUCUUCCUGAGAGUAGUCAGCCACCAUGGCUGUCGUUGCUACGGAGACUCAGUUCCGUGUCUUAGCUGUGGAUGACAACCUUCUUGACAGAAAGUUGAUCGAGAGGCUCCUCAAGACCUCAUCAUACCAAGUUACCACGGUAGAUUCUGGGAGCAAAGCUUUGCAAUACCUGGGUCUGCAGGAUGAUCAGAUCAAUUCACCUUCUGUUUCUUCUGACCAGCAUGAUAUAAAUUUGGUUAUCACAGACUACUGCAUGCCUGAAAUGACAGGCUAUGAUCUUCUCAAGAAGAUUAAGGAGUCAUCUUCUCUGAAAGACAUCCCAGUUGUAAUCAUGUCAUCUGAGAAUAUGCCUUCCAGGAUCAACAGGAAGAAUGAAAAAGUAGUAAGAAUCGAAGAGAUUUUUAGUGUGACAGGGGGUCUCUUUUUCUCCUUUCAUGCCAUAUCUGGAAGAACUAUUUUGAUGUGAAAUAUUCCCACUUUUCAAGUUAGUAAUCUGUUUGAUGGAUACUAAAGAAUGCAUCAAAAUUUUAUGCUCUUCCUAACUCAUUAACUUUUCUGAUAAGAGAAUAAAGAGAAAAGCUUUAAGUCAGAUAAAUCUGGGGUCUUUUCUCCUCUCUGUUGCCAAUCUCAAUCAUCCAAUAUUCCAACGAGAACUAAAUCAAACAAAAGUGAUUGGGGUAUCAGCUGUCAUAUCGUAUUUAUGGCUUCAAAGAUGCCUGUGAAUUUCUUUAGCCAAAUUGGUAAGGAAGCCCUUCCAAACUAUUCCUUCUGAAAUCUUUUUCUAACUCCUGCUCUGUUUCUGACCUACUGGGACAAGAAGAAUGAUAGGAUUAAAACAUCAACAUGUAAAUUUUUUGAGCCUAAUUGGUAAUAAAAGCCCUUCUUCCAAACUGUUUAAGUUGUCUUCGUAUCAAGAGGUAAUGGUCCGAUGGGUACUUUUUCUGGCCAGAUGCUUGGAAGGAGGAGCAGAAGAAUUCUUUCUUAAGCCUGUACAGCUAUCAGAUAUGAACAGGCUCAAACCCCAUAUACUGAGAGGGAAACAUAAAGAGCAGCAUCAGCAGCAGGUGCUGCAGAACAACAAUAACACCAGCAGAAAUAAUAACAGCAACAAAAGAAAGGCUAUGGAUGAUGAAAUUUCACCUAAGAUGACAAGACCAAGAUUCUCGAGCAGCCUGACAGUAUUGUGAUUUCUUAUAUUAUUAUUUUCUUCUUUUUCUUUUUUGAGUAGACCCUUUAAAAGUUCUACUUUCUCCACUAUUUUUCUUCUUGAUCUAAGAUUACGGGAUUUGCUUAAGAAGAAUUAAUUAUAGGGAAAUACUUGCAUGUAAUGUAAUGGAUUCUAAUUUUGUCUUGGAAUCAGAACUGCCAAUAACUUAGAGGGAGAUGUAAGAAAUAAUUGCAGCAAAGGAGAAUGAUGGAAAGUUGUAAUGGAAGGCUGGGUAUUGGAAGCAGUGGAUGCCUUGCACUACUGAAGUUACUUGUGUCAUCCUGAUAAUGAGCAAAACUGUUUCUUCUCAGAAAGAUAACAAGAAACUCUUAUUUUUGA